AUGGACACCUCGGCCAUGCCUAGUGAUCUUCAUGACUUGCCUGAGGCCCCUGUUCAUCUUGGCACUAAGAUGGAUACUAAGUCCAUGCCCAUGGAUAUGAUACCUCCAGCUGAAUCAUGUGUUCUUUCUGCCCCUCAGAUGGAUACUUCUAUUAUGCACACAAAGCUUCUUGGUCCAGCUGACUCUUCCCCCCCUUGUGCUCCCAAUUCGCCGGGUCUAUCUUCGAGCCUUUCUUCCCACAAUAUACCACCUCUUGUUACUUAUCCCCCGGCAGACCCCAUGCUUCUAGACCCGACGGAUGCCCAAGGCUUACUUUUGAAAGAUCCAGGAAAACAGCCGGCAAAUGGUUCAUCUCCUGCCUCUCCCAUGGCCCCCGCGGGCACCCUAGCUGCUGCACGCUUUCAUCAACCCACUAUUCGCACGUCUCCAAAUACAGCGUCCGGAAUCUCUACCCCGGCUGUGAAGUCGGAAUCCAGUCUGACUGUGCAGUUCAGCACCACCCAUGAUGAAGAGAACGAAAGCGACACGAAAAGAAGUCACCACGAGAUGAGUGACGAAGAAGACAACAUCUACCGUCCCAAUUUGAUCGAAAACAUCUAUGGCGUUGAAAAGCGGAAGAAACAACCGGCGAAGAAGAUCAAAACUGAGCAUGAUGUGGAAGACAAACCGAACAUGGCGAAAACACCCGUCUCGAUCCCUGGAGAUAGCGGGCUUGGGAAGUGGAUGAAAGAGAAUAAUUUGAAGCAAACCUCAGUUUCCACUACACCCAGCGUGGUAGAUUUGACAGCAGACAUUCCCAACACGCCUAAGGACGAUGAUGAAGUCCUGUGCACCGGUUCAACAGAUCUCAGCACCCAGCGUGUGUGCUUCGGCAAAGUUGAAAACGCAAUGAUCGUUUCCCACACAGUCCCAAGACCAGGACACUCUGUUUUCACCGACUGGUCCCACGCCUGGCCGUCUAUCAAAUUAGACCUGCAACGCCAGCCGGUGAAAGGCAAUUUACAGAUCAACGUCGCGGACCCUCACGGGAAAGUGUUUGGUACAAUUGACCCUAAAACAGCACAAGGACUGUGUCCGCUCCUGGACUCCGAAACAAAAAUCAUCGAUGUAAACGCUCUAUUGGAUAUCCGGAGAACCUCACCGAAUGAAAAAAUUUGGGGUCCCACCUCAGGACUCUGGCGUGCAACCCUCAAUAUCUACGGCCAAAGAAAGCACGCAGACGCUGUUGGAAACUUCCUAUCCCACCGCAACAUCUGGCUGGGAACUCCAAAUUCCGUGGACAAGGGAACUACGGUGUUCAACCCGCACGCAGAGAGCCGACGCCAGCUUGCCGCUGCAAGCGUUGCCGCCAAAAACUCUGGGCUGUCUCGCCCAGGGUCAGGUGUCCGAUAUGAAGCGCGAACUGCCGAAGAGGCCAAUGAUGCAGUCAUGAAGAUGUUUGACCAGCUCGCCAAUGCGAAUAUUCCGACCAUGGAGCCAUCUCAUCACAUCAAGACACCAAUGCUGCAUCAUCAAAAGCAAGCCCUGUGGUUCAUGACAGAAAAAGAAAAGCCGCGCAAAUUUGGCCGAAAAGAAGAAGACAACAACUCCUUGUGGCGAAUGGAACGUGCACCCAAUGGGAAAACUCAGUAUCGUGAAAUCAUCACUGGAAUGAUCUCAGAGCAAAAGCCCGAGGAGGCCCUUGGCGGCUUGUUGGCCGACAUGAUGGGACUGGGCAAGACUCUGAGCAUUCUUUCGUUAAUCACGUCAUCGCUUGGGUUAGCUGAAGACUGGACUGGGAUGGCUCCUGAUCCUGCCCUUGUUCGCCGAGCUCCAGGAAUCCGCAACACACGGACAACACUUUUAGUUGUUCCGUUGAGUGCAGUGAGCAACUGGGUCACACAGAUCACAGACCAUCUCAAAUUACGCUGCAUCAGAUACUAUAUCUUUCAUGGUCCAUCACGCAUCACUGAUUUCAAGGUACUAUCCGAGUACGAUAUCAUCAUCACGACAUACAGCACCAUUCUCAGCGAGAUCUCGGGGCGUGGCGCCAAAAGUGGAAAACUCAGUCCUUUGACGAAGAUGAACAUGUUCCGGAUUGUUCUUGAUGAAGCUCAUAUCAUCAGAGAGCAAAAUGCGGCACAGACCAAGGCCAUCCUUGGACUCAACUCCGAACGUCGGUGGUCAGUUACCGGAACCCCAAUCCAGAAUCGCAUGGAAGAUCUCCUCUCUGUGACUAAGUUUUUACGCAUCGCUCCUUACGACCAACGGAGCCAAUUUUCCCAACAUGUAUCUAGCCCAGUCAAAAAUGGUGACCCCAAUGUGCUUGCCAGGUUACGAGUUCUGGUGGAUUCAUUUACCUUGCGCAGAGUCAAGGACAAAAUCGAUCUGCCACCCAGAACAGACAAGAUCGUCAAACUAGAAUUCAGUGAGAAAGAACGGCAAUUGCAUGACUUCUUCCGCGCGGAAUCGAAUGUGAUGAUGAGUGUCAUUGCUGGUGAGGAGAUGCGCAAGAUGGGUGGCCGCAUGUAUCACCAUGUUUUGAAAGCCAUGAUGAUUCUCCGCCAAGUCAGUGCACAUGGUAAAGAGCUUCUUGACAAUUCCGACAGGGAGAGAGCCAAGGGAUUAUCUGUUACCGAUGCAAUUGAUCUGGAGGAUGGCGAACAAGACCAAUCCCCGGCAGCCAUAGACAAGAAGGCAUAUGAAAUUUUCAGCCUGAUGCAACAAGCCUCAGUCCCCCGGUGUGGCAACUGCAAUCGAGAACUCGACGAACCUCUGAAUUCCAUGGGAGCUGUCGCCCGUAAUUCUCCAAUGGCUUUUGCCCUGCCAUGCUGCGAUAUUUUCUGCCCCGGUUGCUUCUCUGGCUGGAAACAAGCAUUUGAUUCGUCUCUCGACACCGAGACCCGUUGCCCCAGAUGCGAAGGUUGGGUUCACAUGAAAUACUCGACCAUAACCCCAGCUGGCUUUGAAGAAUACGAGGCCCAAAAGGAAAGUGAACGACAAACCCGGAAGCUGGGUAAGAAUCUGGGUGAAUAUGAAGGACCGCACACCAAAACCACUGCACUGGUCAACCAUCUCAAGGACAGUGUUGAAGAUAGCAAGAAGCUCAAAGGCGAGUCACCCAUCAAGAGUGUUGUGUUCUCUGGAUGGACCUCGCACCUGGAUCUCAUUGAGGUCGCCUUGCAUAACAAUGGACUAGACGGGUAUGCCCGACUCGAUGGUACCAUGAGCCUUGCAGCACGCACCAAAGCACUGGAGGAAUUCGCCAACAAUGACAACAUCACAGUUCUUCUGGCCACUAUCGGUGCCGGUGGUGUGGCACUGAAUCUCACCUCUGCCUCGCGUGUUUUCAUCAUGGAACCCCAGUACAACCCAGCGGCCGUUGCUCAAGCGAUUGACCGUGUUCAUCGCCUUGGCCAAACUCGCCCUGUGCAAACGUUCCAGUUCGUUAUGAAAGGCAGCAUUGAGGAGAAGAUCAUGGAACUCGCCAAGAAGAAGCAAGAGAUGGCUGACACGAGCUUGAAUCGCGUAAAGCGGGACAAGCGAGAGACCCAAGAAGCUCGCAUGCGUGAAUACCGCAAUCUCUUCAAGUAA